AUGGCGAAGCCAGCUAACUAUGUAUUGGAUCAGGCGGUAUUUUAUGUAUAUAAUGAGGCUCUCAGCCUCGUUGGUCUUUCGGGCGGUGCUGACGAGAUUUUACCUUACUUGCCGACCGUCGUGACAUCCACCCAGAGGACAAUGGUUUAG